AAUCAGCAUAGUUUAUCGGGGAGGCAUCCAGAGAGUCUAGAAGAAUGUGGAAAGCGGGGUGAAGUUACUAUUGGGGACACGUCUAUAACCGGGCUUGCUUCUUUUUGAAUGUACUAAUUACAAUAAUAAGUAAUAACCAUCCUAGCGAUCCGCGAAGACAUAGAAACCCUAUUACUUGGAAGGCAAAAGAGUACGCAGAUCACAUGGCUCUCAACCCUCAGCUUUUUCCUAAUGGGAUGCCCGUUCCUUUUAUGAAUGAAAUUUCCGUCCUUGCCAGAGAUGGCGUCGAAUUUGAGGUAGAUAAGAUUCCCGGAGCUCAUGGUGGAAACUUUAAAGCGAAGGGAACAAUCUACUUGUCAAAUAUACGAAUGGUCUUUGUUGCAAAUAAGCCUGUUGGAAACAUUACUGCUUUUGAUAUGCCAUUGCUUUAUGUCCAUGGUGAAAAAUUUAACCAACCAAUAUUCUUUUGCAACAAUGUCUCUGGUCUUGUGGAGCCUGUAGUCCCAGAAAACCAGCAUAGGGCGCUUUACUCAACUCACUCUUUCAAGAUUUUGUUCAAGGAAGGGGGAUGUGGAACUUUUGUCCCACUAUUUUUUAACUUGAUCACUUCAGUGAGAAGGUACAAUGAACUAGCUGGUUCUGGGCCAGAGCUUCAAGUUGAUCCUUUACAGGCGGCACAGACUCCAGUUGAUGAGAUGAUGAGACAUGCGUAUGUUGAUCCCAAUGAUCCUACAAGAAUCUUUUUGCAGCAACCAACACCAGAAUCUCAGCUGAGGCGACGAACUUAUCACCCAGUUGAGGAUUCCAUAUAAUUUCUCUUGCAUAAAGGAUAAAAUUGUUUGGUUUUUAAGAAACCACAUUUAAUGCUAUAUUUGGGUUGUGUAAUAAAUUUUUAAGUAUGAUUCCCGCCUAUAAGUGUACUUUUUACUACAUCUUUAAACACUUACAAGUCUACAAAAUAUGUAUACUCAAUUGGAAGAAUUGUUGCAAUCAUCGCCCACGAUCAGAACUGGCCGGCAAAGGGGUUUUGGGGCCUGUUUUAUCAUGGGCAUGAGUGGAAUAUGUCAUGCCACCUUGAUGACUUCAAACUCCGUCUUUUCUAUGAUUUUGUGACACCUUUCUCU